AUGGCUUCUAUAACAAUGGAUAAAUCCUUAACCAGUUUGCUCAGCUGUCCCAUUUGUUUAGAGGUUUUGAGGCCGCCAGUAUAUCAAUGUACUAACGGUCAUAUUGUAUGCUCGCAAUGUAGGCCACGAAUAACACAAUGCCACACGUGCCGAGAGGCUAUGGGGCAUAUCCGUAGCCUCGUCGCCGAACAAAUCGCCGCCUCCCUACGGUUACCCUGCAUGCACCAAGCUCAGGGAUGCCCCGAAUACCUCACAACAGAAGAUCGAGAGUUUCAUGAACGGCAGUGUCCUUUCACCCCUUUUCCAUGUCCCCUUAGGGACUUAAAUUGUCUGUGGGAAGGAGCGCGAUCCCUUAUCUCGCCUCAUCUGCAGCAAGCUCAUCCACAGAUAACCAAAUAUAAUCGAUCUUCUAUCCUUUUCCUUGGUCUUCAUGCAGAAGGACCUAGUCCUCUAAUAUGGGCUACCCUCUUAGCCUGUUAUGGACACGAAUUCCUCAUCCUCGUCACAAAGUCCCAGUCCGAAACUCCCCACUUCUCUAUCAAAGUCUAUAUCUUAACCAAACCACCCUCUCUGUCCUCUUUUACUUAUACGGUUAACUUGAAGCGGGGACCUCACUCCCUUCAAUGGAACUCUACUCAUAUUCCUCUCUGGGGAGCUAUCGACACCUAUGACCUCUAUUCUCCAUUAGAACUUUCUGCCGAAUCUAUUUACUCUUUCGGUGCUUUCCAUAAUUUUAAGUUCAUUAUUACUAUUAAUGUAAAUGAUACUGAUUAA